AUGGUGACAACCAUUAGACGAAAGCUUGUAUUCCAAAAUUACACGAAUUUUAUUUUCGAAAUGUCCGGUGAUCAGUUUUACUGUUAUUAUCUGGGGAACAGAAUUGGAAUAUUUAUUACUACUACUGUUGAUGACUUUGUUUCGGAUUGGAUUUACAAGAGGUUUUUGAUGUCCAGACAAAGACUUCAGGACAUUUCUGAGAAUAAAAGAAUGUAG